GACAGGAAGUUCCACCAUUCCAGCAUUCUCGAUGUAUCUCGGCUGCCUCGUGGCCAGGAAGUCAUGGAGGGAAACUAGUGCCUAGUGUUUGCAGAACCUGAAAACUUCUUUAAGCUACACUUGCUGUGCUGGCCUCCUAGGACAUUCAGCAGCUGGUCCUGUCACCUUCCAGACCUUGAUGUGAAAUUUCAAGAAGAAUUCAAAAUUUGUUCUUCACUGGACCCUGGGAGAAGGACAACAACAAGAAUGAGUGUGUGUCUGGUAAAUACACCACAGGGUCUGUUAACUUUCAAGGACGUGGCCUUGGACUUCUCACUGGAGGAAUGGGAAUGUCUCAGUUUUGCUCAGAGGUCAUUGUACAUGGAUGUGAUGUUGGAGAAUUACAACAAUCUGUUGUUUGUGGAAAAUCAUUGCAUACGUGGAAAGAAUGGGAAGGUAUUGGAUCAAGACAGCCAGUACAUUGUCCAUGAACACAUGAAUAUUCAAGAGAAGUCUUCUAAAUGGGACAAGCUUAGCAAUGUCAUUCUUGAAUCCCUCCAGUGUACACCUUACAAAACUAAUCACAGCUCUGAUGCUCUUCAAUUCUCGAACCAAAAAAGACUUAAGCCCAGGAACACUAAAGAAGUUUGCAAAUACAAUGACUCUGUAAACAGUUUAAGUUUGUUUUCUACCAUUAGUCUCAAUCAAGGAAUUAACAUGCAGAAGAAAAAACACAACCGAAAUGCAGAAUUAGACAAUAUUUUUGUUUCUAAACAUAAAGUCAUGGUGAAAAAAGACAAUAUUGCAGGGAACCCUUACAAAUGUAGUGAAUUUCACAAAUAUCUUACCCAGAGAGAAAACCUACAAAGUCAGCAGAGAAUUUAUCAUGGAAAGAAACCUUACAAAAGUAGUAAAAGUGACAAAUGCUUUACCCAUCAGAUCCAUCUUAGUAUUCAUCAGGGAAUUCAUACAGAAGAGAUAAUUUACAAAUGUAGUGAAUGUGACAAAUGUUUUAAAAACAAAUUCAAUCUUACUAUGCAUCAGAGAAUUCAUACAGGAGAGAAACCUUACAAAUGCAGUGAAUGUGGCAAAUGCUUUACUGAAAAAAGCAGUCUGAGAAUUCAUCAGAGAAUUCAUACAGGAGAGAAACCUUACAAAUGCAGUGAAUGUGACAAAUGCUUUACCAAACAAUCCAAUCUUAGUAUUCAUCAGAGAAUUCAUACAGGAGAGAAACCUUACAAAUGCAGUGAAUGUGACAAAUGCUUUACCCAACAAUCCUGUCUUAGUAUUCAUCAGAGAAUUCAUACAGGAGAGAAACCUUACAAAUGCAGUGAAUGUGGCAAAUGCUUUACUGAAAAAAGCAGUCUGAGAAUUCAUCAGAGAAUUCAUACAGGAGAGAAAACUUACAAAUGCAGUGAAUGUGACAAAUGCUUUACCCGAAAAUUCCAUCUUGGUAUUCAUCAGAGAAUUCAUACAGGAGAGAAACCUUACAAAUGCAGUGAAUGUGACAAAUGCUUUACCCAACAAUCCAAUCUUACUAUUCAUCAGAGAAUUCAUACAGGAGAGAAACCUUACAAAUGCCCUGAAUGUGGCAAAUGCUUUACUGAAAAAAGCAGUCUGAGAAUUCAUCAGAGAAUUCAUACAGGAGAGAAACCUUACAAAUGCAGUGAAUGUGGCAAAUGCUUUACUGAAAAAAGCAGUCUGAGAAUUCAUCAGAGAAUUCAUACAGGAGAGAAACCUUACAAAUGCAAUGAAUGUGGCAAAUGCUUUACUGAAAAAAGCAGUCUGAGAAUUCAUCAGAGAAUUCAUACAGGAGAGAAACCUUACAAAUGCAGUGAAUGUGGCAAAUGCUUUACUGUAAAAAGCAGUCUGAGAAUUCAUCAGAGAAUUCAUACAGGAGAGAAACCUUACAAAUGCAGUGAAUGUGACAAAUGCUUUACCAAACAAUCCAAUCUUAGUAUUCAUCAGAGAAUUCAUACAGGAGAGAAACCUUACAAAUGCAGUGAAUGUGAAAAAUGCUUUUCCCGAAAAUUACAUCUUGGUAUUCAUCAGAGAAUUCAUACAGGAGAGAGACCUUACAAAUGCAGUGAAUGUGAAAAAUGCUUUUCCCGAAAAUUCCAUCUUGGUAUUCAUCAGAGAAUUCAUACAGGAAAGAAACCUUACAAAUAGAUUGUAUGUGACAAAUACAAUACUCACAAUGUCAGUCUUAGAAAUCAUCAGUUAUUUCAUACAGUAGAGAAUCUUUAUAAAUGAAGUAAAUGAGGCAAUUCUUUACCAAGAUAUAUUAUCUCAAAAUUCAUUAGAGAAUACUUAGAGAAGACAAACUUUUCAAAUAUAUUGUAGGUAUGAAUCCUUUCCUUUUGGCCUAUUUCCUAGACUGUAACAGUGAAUACUUACAGGCUAGAAACUUAACUCAUGCAUUGUAUGAAGAAAUAUCUUUGACUUCAUUUCAGGUCAGAGAGAACAUCUAAGAACUUUUUAGGGUAAAGUAUUUCUGUUGGGGAAAAUGGUGUAUUCUUGACAACACUUGAGGCUCCACACUAGAGAAUUAGUAUGAUUAUGAAAAUCUUGUGAAAAUAUUCAUGCAAUGUUCAAAUCUUAGGUAAUGUCAACUAUUUAUGCUGUGAGAAACUCUGAAAAUGUGAAAUGUAGAAAGCUUUUCAUGACACCUUUUUACUUGUUCAUCCUCAAACGUUACCAGAUGAAGACAAGUUGGGAAGUCAGAAGAUAGUAUUUUAUAACACUUUAAUCGAGAAAGAAAUAAUCCAUUUCAAAAGGAAACUAUUUAAGGUCUUUAAUACAACCCUCAAAAUAGGUAAUAAAACUGGUAGCAUUUUGUAUAUUUUUAUUGUCCUGUAACUAACUCCAAUAAAACUGAAAGAUUCAACAAAUUUGCUUUGGUUGUUUCCAAUUUGCAGUUGGGAUACUCAGAUGAAUAUAUGUUGCAUCUUCCCAGGAAAUGCCUCACAUAAAACAUAGACUGAAGUCAUGAACAUUUUUGCAAACCUGUAUCAUAAAGUUAAUAGUGGUGAUUUUUAACUGGUGGAUAACAAUACCUUUGGGAUGUAACGACCCUGUCACAGUGGUUGCUUAACAGCAUAGGAAAACACAUAUUUCCAAUUGUCUUAAAAUUAAGAAAUCAUUCAUUGAAGUGUAGGGUAGUCUGCCCACCCUAAAAUAAUUUGAAUUCAAUGUCAGUAUUUAGCAUUAAAAAGUUAAAAAUA